AUGGAAGGAUCGAAAACAGAACAGCCAGAAGUGGCAACAGAAAAAGUGGUAGAAACCGAAACAAAAAUAGAAACGGUAGCAGAAACGGCAGCAGAAACGGCAGUGGAAACAGAAACGGAAGAAACUUCAGUGAUGACAGCAACAGAUAAGGAAAGAGAUUCCAACACGUCAAACUAUAUCAGACUUCGUGGUUUGCCGUUUUCGGCUAAAGAAGAUGACGUCCGAGCAUUUCUGGAAGGUUUGGAAGUAAGAUCGGUGACAUUUACAUUGACAUCGAUGGGUCGAGCGAGCGGCGAAUGUUAUGUUGAAUUAGCGGAUAAAGCUGCGGCAGAGGAGGCAAAGCGCUUUGAUAAGCAAGAAAUGAAUAAUCGCUACAUUGAAGUAUUCAACGUAACGGAAAGUGAAGUGGUUUGGAUGACUCGACAUAAUGUGAUUCGCAAAGGUGAUCAAGAUGCACCUUAUAAUUUUGUUGUUAGGCUUCGAGGCAUACCAUUCAGUGCAACGAAUGAUGAUGUGAAGGAUUUCUUCAGCGGAUUGGAAGUGGCAGAUGUUGUCAUCGACAAGGAGCUGGGGGGUCGCCCAUCUGGGGAGGCAUUCGUACGGUUCGCCAGCAAACAGCAUGCGGAGAUGGCCCUGGAACGGAACAGAAACAACAUGGGUUCGAGAUAUGUGGAAGUUUUUCGAAGUUCCGGUGAUGAAUUGGAGAAAUCAAGGGAGGGUCAUAUUGCACCACCGACAUCUUUGCGAAGUCUUGCUGUUGACCGCAGUUUUCCAGCACCACGUUCCGAACCUAUACCUCUGCGCUUUGCUACAGCGAGGCUUGGUGGUGCACGCCCUUAUCGAAGAGAGGAGUAUGGAGGUCCAUUGAGAAAUGUCGGUAUGUGUCGUCCUCGUUCUGGCCCUUACGAAGUGUCAUACAGUCGUUACCCGCGUUUUCAAGACUACAGUUAUGAAGAUGAUUUUGAUUGCGAUGAUCCAUCCAAAAUAUACAUGAGGGGUCUUCCGUAUAGUGCAAAUGCGCUUGAUAUCGAAGAUUUCUUCAAGCCAUUGAAUUGUGUCGAAAUUCAGCUGGGUUUCAACGAAGAUCGCCGUCCAUCUGGUGAUGCAUGUGUGAUUUUUGGAACAGUAGCUGAAGCGCGAGACGCUAUGUCCAGAAACAAACAGUGCAUCGGUAAUCGAUAUAUUGAACUGUUUACUGCCACUGAUGUACCGAUUACGCAAAAAUAUGUCAUAUAUCGAAGAAUUGGUGGUACAGGUGACUAUCCAUCAGCAGUAAGUGGUGGAGGUUCUCGCGGUCCAACAGCACUAAAUCGCGUUAAUUGCGGUGGGUAUGACGAGUGGGUUGAUAACGAUGUCGGAAAUGGACGCUAUUCAAGUAUUCAGGGCAAGCCAGUUUCAUUGAAUCGUGUUGGAUAUACAACGAGUGAUCCUGCUGAGGUUGGUGGAGCUGAAGGAUGGUCAGAUGCUGAUUCGGGUAGAGGCUAUACGACAGGAUACAGUAGUUCCACGGCAGGAUACAAUGCGAGCUAUGCUACAGGAGGACAGCAGUACUAUAACGAUGAAUAUGAAGGGAAACAGUCUUCAUAUGGUUGCCAGUGGAGCAGUUCUGGUGGUUCGGUGAAAACCAGUUGGUAA